ACAAUCCGCACGCAUUUCCACACUGGAGAGACUCCUGCUCAGUGUACUCCAACAUUCCGUCUGCGGUUCCGGUGACACCGAACGAGAUAGCGCUAGAACAGAUAGAGCAGACGUUAGGCACAGAUUUCUCGGGACUUUUUUUUUGGCACCGUAGUGUGUCCGGGACUCGGCUGCGAAGGAUCUAAGUUGUUUCCAGGCGUGGAUUGUGGAAGAUGGUCUCCUUCCCGGUGAUCUCAACUGUCCUGCUGGCUGUCGUGGUGCCAGCGCUGGGGGGCUACAUUGAGGCUCUGGCAGCCAACGCGGGCACUGGUUUUGCCGUGGCGGAGCCACAGGUGGCCAUGUUCUGCGGCAAGCUCAACAUGCACGUCAACAUCCAGACCGGCCGCUGGGAGCCUGACCCGUCCGGCACCAAGAGCUGCGUGGGAACCAAAGAGGGCGUGCUGCAGUACUGCCAGGAGAUGUACCCCGAGCUGCAGAUCACCAACGUGGUGGAGGCCAACCAGCCGCUGCGCAUCGAGAACUGGUGCAAGAAGGAGAAGAAGGUGUGCAAGGGGCACGCCCAUAUCGUGGUGCCUUACAAAUGCCUCGUCGGCGAGUUUGUGAGUGACGUGCUGUUGGUUCCGGAGAAGUGCCAGUUCUUCCACAAGGAGCGCAUGGACGUGUGCAUGAGCCACCAGCAGUGGCACGGCGUGGCCAAAGAGGCAUGCUCCAAGAGCUCCACGGUGCUGCACAGCUACGGAAUGCUGCUCCCGUGCGGCACUGACAAGUUCCAGGGCACCGAGUACGUCUGCUGCCCGCCCUCCCGCUCGGGCCAGCCUGACACUCCCUCGCCCCCCGCCCAAGAGGAGGAAGAAGACGAAGAAGAGGAGGAGAUAGAGGACGAGGAGAUCGAUGAGGCGGACCUGGAUGAUGAAGAUGAGCUGAAGGAAAGCGAGGCUCCAGCUGACGAGCAGCCCACGCGGAAGGAGGAGCCGCUGGAUGACGAAGACGAAGAUGAAGAGGAGGAUGAGGAUGAGGAGGAGGAAUACCACUAUGUCUAUGAGGAUGAGGAGGCGGAUAAGGACGAUGACGACAAGCGAGAGAGCAGCAGAAUGUCAGACAGUGAAGAGGAGGACAAGACUCUCCAUGAAGUGAAAGCCGUGUGCACCCUGGAGGCGGAGACGGGCCCCUGCAGGGCCUCCAUGCCCCGCUGGCACUUUGACUUGAACCAGAGGAAGUGCGUACGCUUCAUCUACGGAGGCUGCGCCGGCAACCGCAACAACUUUGACUCGGAGGAGUACUGCAUGGCCGUGUGCAAGCGCCUCACCGCGCCCCCCACUCCUCAGCCCACUGACGACGUGGACAUCUACUUUGAGACGCCGGCCGACGACAAGGAGCACAGUCGCUUCCAGAGAGCCAAGGAGCAGCUGGAGAUCAGACACCGCAACCGCAUGGAGAGGGUGAGGAAGGAAUGGGAAGAGGCGGACCGCCAGGCCAAGAACCUCCCCAAGGCUGAGAGGCAGACUUUGGUCCAGCACUUCCAGGCCAUGGUGGAGUCCCUGGAGGAGGAGGCAGCCAGUGAGAAGCAGCAGCUGGUGGAGACCCACCUGGCCAGGGUGGAGGCCAUGCUGAACGACCGGCGCCGCCUUGCCUUGGAGAACUACCUGGCGGCUCUGCAGGCAGACCCCCCCAGGCCUCACCGCAUCCUGCAGGCUCUGAGACGCUACGUGCGCGCCGAGAACAAGGACCGCCAGCACACCAUCCGCCACUACCAGCACGUCCUGGCUGUGGACCCCGAAAAGGCUGCUCAGAUGAAGUCGCAGGUGAUGACCCACCUGCGUGUCAUCGAGGAGAGGAUGAACCAGAGUCUGUCUCUGCUCUACAAAGUUCCUUACGUGGCCGACGAGAUUCAGGAUGAAAUUGACGAGCUGCUCCAGGAGCAGAAAGCCGACAUGGACCAGUUCUUGUCUUCCAUUUCCGAGUCCCAGCCCGACGUCACCGUGUCCUCAGAGGAGAGCGUGGAGGUACCCGUGCCCGAGGUGAAGCCUUACCGGCCCAUCAAGGUCACGUCCCUGGGGUCCCGUCCAGAACCAGAAGGCGAUCUUUCUGGUCCUCCACGAGCCUUCAAGAAAGGCUCCGCCAUGUCCGGGCUGGACGGUCUGAUCGGCGCUGAAGAGAGAAUCAUCAACAACAAACCCAAGAUGGGGCCCAACGUGGUGAUUGAUGAGUCUCUGGAUGUAAAAGAAGUUGUUUACAGUGCAGAGCGAGUCCGCAUAAUGCAUGAUGAUGAGCUGCAGGAGACCUACAGGCCUCUGGGCGAGGACUUCAGCUUCGGGAGCAGCGUGCUGAUUGGUCUGCUGGUGAUCGCGGUGGCCAUAGCGACUGUCAUCGUCAUCAGCCUGGUGCUGCUGAGGAAGAGGCAGUACGGCACCAUCAGCCACGGCAUUGUGGAGGUCGACCCCAUGCUGACCCCAGAAGAGCGCCACCUCAGCAAAAUGCAGAACCACGGCUACGAGAACCCCACCUACAAAUACCUGGAGCAGAUGCAGAUCUGAGGGGUGUUUGAUGAAGGGAGGCGGGGGCCAGGGGGGCCGGGGGGGGCGGCUGUGACCAUACUACUGACCAAUAAUAACGAUGCUGUUGUUCAACUCAUUUGCAUACAUCCCAUUUGUUGCAUAGCGCUACUACUGCUAUCCUCUUGUACCAUAGGGCUUUUUAUUUGACUUUGGACUUUGUCGGAUGGAGAUGUACAACAUUUAUUUUACUCCCAAAACGCUUUCUUGAUUUUUUUAGAAGUCAAUCAGCUUGUUUUAUUUUUUCAUGUUUUUUAUGGUUUUUUUCUCUCCAAAAAACAAAAUUGGUGUUUUUUCCUCUCAGUGAUAGGUUGCUUGUAUAUGAAAGUUCUUUGUACCAAUUCAAAUGUAUAGUGACACAAUUAACGAGGAUGAAAAGAGAUUAUACAUAUUAUAUAUACUAUUAUAUAGAUAUAUAUUUGCAGGGGAGGGUGUGCACAGGCCCCCAGCUCGACGCACACGUCCUUAUAACGGCGUCAUCCUACCACUUCCUCGCAAAAUUGAAUGUAAACUGGAAUUUUCCGCCAAAAAAAAAAAAAAAAGCUGUGAAGCAGACACAUUUCGGCCUUUUUGGCACCUCUUCAAAGCCCAAAUAUUCACUUUGCAUCUGGAGCAUUUGGAGUCUCACUCCAACAGCUUUUCUGUUUGCAGUUUUUUUGGGCCUAAAGCUUUUUAGGUCAGGAAAGUUUUGAAAUGUGUCAAGUCCACAUCUUAAGAGGCGAAAUAAUGAGGUCCCGGUGAGCUGGAGGCCUGUGCAGAAAACAAGAAUCCUAAAGUGGUCUUUUGUCUCUCUAGUCUUUGUAUAGUCGGUGUUACAAUCAUGGCUUUUCUUUCCUCGACCUUCGGAGGAGCGUCUGUGCUGGUGUGCUUUGUUCUGAUUAUAAAAUGACGUGCUCUAUAUCUA